AUGACCGAAUGUUACGAUAUUGUCGUCGUAGGAGCUGGACCGGUAGGGCUCAUGUUGUCAGCAUGUCUCCUACGCUUGGGACCGUACAAGAUCAAGCACAUUGACCAGCGGCCCUUCCCGACAAAGACUGGACGCGCUGCUGGAAUCCAGGCGCGGGCUCUUGAUGUGUUGCAGAAUUUGGACCUCAAACGUGCCAUCAUGUCUUAUAACCCAGGGCGAGUCUACGAGGUUGCAUUCUGGGAUGCUUCAAACGACGCGCGGGGGAUUCGACGCACGGGGACUGCGAAAAGCUAUCCUGACUACAUCGAUACGAGACACCCGUUCAGUACCCUCCUCCAUCAAGGCCGGAUAGAAAAAAUAUUCCUGGAUGAUUUAAGGGAGCGAGGGCUUGAAAUACAAAGAACUUGGACCAUCACAGGGUUUAGGAAUGAGCCGUGUGGAGAGUAUCCCGAUCACCCACUGGUAGUGGACCUCGUCAGCGUGGACGGGAGAGAAGGUUCGACUGUGCGAACAAAAUAUUUGUUUGGUGCAGAUGGACCGCGAAGCCGGGUGAGGGAUCUUCUUGGGGUACCGAUGUUGUCGAAAGAUCCAACAAUGCAUGUGUGGAGUGUCAUUGACGGGGUGGUUAAGAGCGACUUUCCGGACAUUCAGAUGAAAUGUACCGUACAUUCCUCCAAAGGAUCCGUCAUGAUUAUCCCUCACGGAAACAAUGUUGUCCGCAUUUACGCUCAGAUGUUUCCGAAGAAUGGACAGGAACCUCUCGCGUUUGCGACAGUACCGAAAAUCCAACAGUCGGCAAACGAGAUUCUUGCUCCAUAUAAAGUGGAGUGGGAGAGAGUAGAUUGGCACUCUGCAUACCGAAUUGGACAAGGACUUGCCUCGAAUUAUUCUCUCGAUGAGCGAGUCUUUAUUGGAGGAGAUGCAUGUCAUACGCAUAGUCCCAAAGCCGGUCAGGGGAUGAACUACGGCUUCUUAGAUGCACACAAUCUCGCAUGGAAAUUACACCUGGUCGAAUCUGGCUUUCUCCGUCGCUCCCUACUGAAAACGUACGAAGGAGAACGGAAGCUCGUAGCAGCGAAGCUGAUUGAGUUUGAUGCAACAUACGCGAACCUGUUCAGUUCUCGGCAGCCUGCUGGCGAGAAUAAGGUUGCUCCGAGCUCGGAGUUUGUUCAGGUAUUCAAGCAGAACACGUUCUUGACGAGUGGCUACGGCGUCGAGUAUCCUGUUAACAGCUUAACUUGGCCUUCAACUUCUACACCAUCAAAUACAACAGCUCUGCGUCCUGGUCGCAGCUUUCCUACCGCAACCGUAACGAGGGUCAUCGAUGCCCACCCCGUCUACUUGGAACAGGAGAUCCCCUUCAACGGCAGCUACCGGAUCUACAUCUUUGCAGGAAAACCUGCAACUACCUCGACAGCAAUAUUUGAUCUCGCCGAUAAUCUACAGGCCAAGAGCAGCAUCUUUCGCCGGUAUCAGCGAAACGUUGAUAUUUCGUACGAAGGAAGACACAAUCCUCACUCCCCAUUCUUCACCUUUUCGCUCGUUUCCCACGCACCGCGAUCGACGAUUGAAAUCCAGGAAUGCCUUCCGGAAUACUUCGCUUGUUAUAGGUAUCACGUUUACGCGGACGAUCGCGAAAUGUCGCAGGGAGGCGAAGCUACGGAAAGGAGCGCUCAUGUCAAGAUGGGAUUCGAUGCAGAAAAGGGUGGUAUCGUCGUCGUGCGUCCCGAUGGAUACGUUGGAUGUGUUCUUGAUCUAUGUGAGGGGAUAACGAGUGCAUCAGCUUUGAAUAGAUAUUUCGAGGCGAUUGUGCCAGGAAAUGAGCACGAUGCCGUGGCAGCAAGGCUGUAA